AUGAUAGGUAAAGAAGGGGGUGUUUUGAAGGCAUGGGAGGCCACGGUGAGGAAGACACACGCAGUUGCCAAGAAGCGUGCCAACAGCAUAUUUGGGAUAUCUCUGGCACAUGCAGACGAAGAAGAUAACAAUAGCAUUGAUGAUGAUAACGAAGAAAAUGGAAGCGAGGUAUUUGAACUAUACAGUGAAGAGAAGGUUCUCCCCAACGGGGAUUACUAUACGGGCCAAUGGGCAAAUAACUUCCCACAUGGAGAGGGGAAAUACCUGUGGACCGAUGGGUGCAUGUACGUUGGAGAAUGGUUCAAAGGAAAAAAUAAGGGAAAGGGUAGGUUCAGUUGGCCUUCUGGGGCUACUUAUGAAGGGGAGUUCAAGAGUGGUUUCAUGGAUGGCACGGGCACGUAUAUAAGUUGUAAUGGUGAGACUUAUAAGGGACAAUGGUCCAUGAAUUUGAAACAUGGUCAUGGUUUGAAGAGUUAUGCCAAUGGGGAUUGGUAUGAAGGUGAGUGGAGGAGGGAUUUGCAGGAUGGGCAGGGGAGAUAUCAGUGGAAGGAUGAGAGUCAUUAUGAAGGGGAAUGGAGCAAUGGGACUAUUUGGGGUAUAGGGUCAUUUGUUUGGGCUAAUGGGAAAAGGUAUGAUGGGUUUUGGGAAGAUGGUUUGCCUAAAGGAAAUGGAACUUUCAAAUGGCCUGAUGGAAGUUCUUAUGCGGGGAAUUGGAGUAAGGAUGAAAAAUAUCAGAAUGGAACAUACUAUCCAUCUGAGUCAUCUGAGGAGGGUAAUCUUGAGUGGGAUCCUCAAGAAUUGUAUAAUGAGUUGAGUGGAUAUUCGGUUUGUCCUGGAGAGAAGGUUCUGGUUUUGCCAUCACAGAAGAAACUUGCAGUUUGGAGGUCUACAAAGGGAGGGGAUAGUGCUAAGUCUAGGAGAAUGUCAGUGGAUGGAAGGGUGAGCAUAGGUGUGGAGAAGCCAAGUGAUAGAAUGCAUUUAUGGGAUGGUGGGGAGGGUGAUACUAGUAGUGCUAGAACUCCAACUCUUGGGAGUGACCUGGAUGAAGAUUUGAUGGGUUUGCGUAUAGAUGAUGCUGAAAGCUUGACUCAACUCCAACCUCUGAAAGCACCAAAGAAAUCAAAGAGGCAGGGAGAGACCAUAUGCAAAGGGCACAAAAAUUAUGAGCUCAUGCUCAAUUUGCAGCUCGGAAUCAGGCAUUCUGUUGCAAGACCUGCUCCCACAGCAUCACUUGAUCUUAAGCCUUCAGCUUUUGAUCCCAAGGAGAAAGUGUGGACAAGAUUUCCACCCGAAGGAUCCAAAUAUACUCCACCACAUCCAUCAUGUGACUUUAAGUGGAAGGACUAUUGCCCGGUAGUUUUCAGGGCUCUAAGGAAGCUAUUCCAUGUGGAUCCAGCCGAUUACAUGUUAUCCAUAUGUGGGAAUGAUGCUCUUCGUGAACUUUGCUCUCCAGGAAAAAGUGGCAGCUUCUUUUACUUGACCAAUGACGACCGUUACAUGAUUAAGACAAUGAAAAAAGCUGAAGUGAAAGCUCUCUUGAGAAUGCUUCCAGCCUAUUACGAUCAUUUUAGAAACUAUGAAAAUACACUAUUGACAAAGUAUUAUGGCCUGCAUUGUGUAAAGUUAACUGGAGCUAUUCAGAAGAAGGUUCGAUUUAUCAUAAUGGGCAACCUCUUCUGUUCUGAGUAUUCCACCCAUAGACGCUAUGAUUUGAAGGGUUCUUCACUUGGCCGCAUAACAGAUAAGCCUGAGACAGAAAUUAGUGAAACCACUAUCCUUAAAGAUCUUGAUCUUAAUUUCAUAUUUCGACUGCAAGGAUCUUUGUUUCAAGAGUUUUGCAGUCAAAUUGAUAUGGACUGUGAGCUUCUGGAACAAGAGGGAAUUAUGGACUAUAGUCUGCUGGUGGGAAUUCAUUUCAAAGAUAUAUCGCCAGAUGGGGAUCUUAUACCUUCAGUAUCUCGGACUCCUGCUGAUGAGUCAGAGAAUGAAGGAACUCCAGAUAUUUCAGGGGAAGACACGGAUCAAGAUCCUUCCAGUGUCAUAUUGGGUAAGAAUAUGUCAGCAAGGGUUGAAAGGACAGUGAGAAGAAGAAGUGAUGGCGAAUUACAACUUGUGGGAGAACCCAUUGGAGAGUUCUAUGGUGUUAUAUUGACUUUUGGUAUCAUAGACAUACUUCAAGACUAUGACAUCAGCAAGAAGCUUGAGCAUGCUUACAAGUCCUUUCAAUAUGACCCUACCUCAAUAUCAGCUGUUGAUCCUAUACAAUACUCAAGGCGUUUUCGUGAUUUCAUACUUAGAGUAUUUACUGAAGACUCUUCUUGA